AUGGCGUCGUCCCAGCCAGCGUCCUCCUCUAUCAUCAAGGAUGGGAACCCCAUUAGUGCCAUCCCGGUGGGCCUGAAGGAGGCCGCUCUCGAUUCCCCGAGCUUUCGUGCCACCGCCGUGCAUUUCGCUGAGCAGAUCGAUCUUGUGGAGAAAUGGCUCGAUGGAUUUGCUAGGAGUGCUGUUAGAUUGAAUUCGGAGCUCAUGUCAUUGGAAACUGCGGCAAACAGCUUCAUAUCCAACAUUCUGGCUCCCGGGGCGGUCUCAGAAGCCGUCAUUGAUCAUGAUUAUGCUUUUCUUGCCUUGAAACGUUAUGGGGAGAGCGUGAAGGAUUUUUGGAACGGUGCUAUAUCAACAGCUAAGAAGUCAGAUUCCUUGAUUGCUGAACCUAUUCGAGCGUUCAUCCAGAAUGAUUUGCGGCAGUUCAAGGAAACUCGACGUACACUUGAAUCAACUCAAAAGCAGCACGAUACUUUACAAAUCAAAUAUGCUGGCCAGGGCAAAUCGAAAGAGCCAUCAUCAUUACGAGAAGAUGCGUUCCAGCUACACGAAGCUCGCAAGGCCUAUUUGAAGGCAUCCAUGGAAUUUUGUAUCCAAUCGCAGCAAAUAAAGAAUACGCUCGACAAGCUCAUCGUGCGCGUUUCCUGCGAUCAGUGGCGGGAGCUCAGGAUUUUGCGAGAUACCAAUUCAUCGACGUUGUCAAAAUGGGGCCAGGAGAUGGAUCGAAUAAAGGGCUGGACCAACGAGAUGGAGACAAGCGAGAAGCUAUCAAAGCGUGACCUGCUCGCAGCGAGAAAGCAAAUCGAAGAAGCAGCUGAGCUGGCGGUUCGCCCAUCUCGAGAACUUGACGAUUAUGCCGUCUCUACAGUACCAUAUCUGGGCUCGCAUGGCCCCACCUCACUUAAAAUGGGCAAGGACCAUACCUUCUGGCCAGAAAAGCAAGGUUGGUUGAGUUUGAGGAUCCUAACUGGCAAACCUACAAGAACGGCCUGGGUCCGCCGUUGGACCUUUUUGAGAAAUGGGAUUUUUGGAUGUUUAGUACAAGGCGCUCGAACUGGCGGUGUUGAAGAAAGUGAGAGAAUCGGGGUUCUCCUAUGUAGCAUUCGACCUGCAUUUCAAGAAGAACGCCGAUUUUGCUUCGAGGUGAAGACGAAGAACAAUACUAUAAUGCUACAAGCUGAGACUCAAAAGGAGCUCACAGAAUGGAUCGGGUCAUUUGAAGCAGCCAAGCGAAAAGCCCUCGAUAGUCCUUAUCCGACUUCUUUGCCUGGAAACCUACAUAUCCAAGACCCUGCUUUCUCAAUUUCUCAGCCACCUGCACCUGAGUUUGCUGCAGAUUCUUCAGAGUCCCUGACACCCAACACAAAUGAUGAAGCUUCCAUUCUAGACCGAAGUUCCACUGCUCCACUUACAGAUCGUGACGGUUUGGCAGUACGGAAUAGUAGCGACUUGUCAUCUCCCAGGCGGUCCACUGCAGCUGAUCGUGAGGAUGGCGGAAAGGACCAUACAACUCGGAUUAUUCAGAAGCUCGAUAUCCAUCGACGCGCCACCACUGGACUGCACCAAUCCGGCACUUCAUCUCCUCAGCCCAACCCCCCUGGAAUAGCUAGCCUUAUAUCUGCCAGUCACAGUCUUCUUCCUCUCAGCGCGCAAGCACUGGCCAAUGCCCCAGAAACUGAAACUAAACAACGAGCACAGAACCCCUUUAUCUACAAUACUCGAGAUACGUCGGUGGGUUCUCUUGCACCACCAACGUUGGCGAAUCCUCCUGCGCAUACCAGUAUGAGUAGGGUAGCGGUGGUUGUGAGCACUGAAAGAGGAGUUGGGGUCAGAUUCCCAGAUGGUACAGGGGGAAUACCAACCGGGAUGAUGGCAAAUCUUUGGGGAAGUUCACAUUGGGGUUAUGUGAACAGACUGGGGCGCAAUGGAGUAUCCAUGUGUCUCGGAGUAGCUGACCGUCAGUCCAAAGAUUCCGCUGAAGAAGCUCCCGGGAAUACCAACUCACCAGAAUAUCCCCCUCCCACAAGUCAUCACAGACAAACUGUCAGUCUUGGUGGUGGCGAUUCAUCAACUCUGAGUGACGGCGCCACAGUCCUACACGAGUACCCAAGCUAUUUCCCUGCAUAUCUAAAGCCCCAUGACGCCCAAUUCCGUCUCCUUUUCCCAAACAUACCGGGGGAUGAGACUCUUCUCCUUGUAUUCCGAGCGUUUUUUAGUUUGAAUGACCAGCAGGACUUUCCAGGAAGAGUAUAUGUCACCACAAGGCGUAUUUACUUUUACAGCAAUCAUUUCAGUCUCGUACUCACAAGCUGUGCCGACCUCGAUAUGAUUACUGAAGUGACGGCUGCUCCCGGCAGAGAUUGCGACUUUUUGUUCCUUCACCUAGCUGCUGAAGAGGGAAGUGAUAUCCCUCGUCGACUGACGAUAAAAACCUUCUUGGAUCCUUUGAAAUUAAUUCACAAGAGGCUGAAUUAUCUAGUCGGCAUUGCCUCUUCGAAUGAACCACCUAACCUGGAAAGCAUAUUCAAAUCCUUGGUGAAAAUGGAACAAGAUAUUACCCGGACACCCAGCAUGGAGAGUUGGGAAGAUGUCUCACUGAAUACCCCAGUCGACGGAGCGUCGAAUGGUGUAAAUGGGAAACGCUCCGAUGCCCCUUUGAAGCCAGUACUACGCAGUGACCAUGAUCUGGAUAUGAAUAAGCGCAAGUCUGAUUAUCACGACGCACCUCGAUUCAAGUUGCCAUCUCAACCCGUCGAAUAUGUACCGCAGGGCGCUCUUUACCUGGCUGCUGAGAAAUUCUAUGAUAUUAGUUCGAAAGCCUUGUUCCACAUUCUUUUUGGGGAUAAGAGUGCCGUUUGGCAGCUGCUUCAACACCAGCGGAGAGCCCAAAACAUCAGACAGGGCCCAUGGUCGAAUCUUCAUUCUGCACAUUUGAGACGUGAUAUCCAAUACCAGAUAAAUAUGGCAGAUACAUUCAGACGGCUUCGCCUCACGGAUGUAUCUGACUACCAAAUUCUCGAUGUCCUAAACGAUCACUUAUGCUACGUAGUAACAGACAAAAGGACGCCGUGGCAUCUUCCUUUUAAGCGUUAUUUCAGACUGGUCAGCAAAAUCGUUAUUACCCAUGUCUCCAAAUCAAGAUGCAAGCUUGCCAUAUUCACCAAAGUGGAGUGGCUGUGGGAGCCAUACCUUAUUCGAAGUAUAAUCGACAGGCAAGCCUUGAACGAUCUCGAACAGGAUGCGCUUGACCUUGUAGAUCUUGUAUCUGAAGAGGUUAAACGGCUUGGACCUCACAACCAAACGAAAAGGGCCAUAGCGCAAUUCGGCCACGUCGGCCGCCAAACGCGUGGAAUCGAAUUUACUGAGAGUUCGCAAAAUUUAAAAUCUCGUCUUCGCCGGCCCGUCAAACAAAGUGGUAUCAUCCCACUCCUGCUAGAAACUUCCGGAUCUUUGCUACAGAGUGCAGUAUCAUCGUUGAUGAUCUGGUUCUGGGUGCUACUCCGAUGGAUAUGGAAAACCUGCAGCGCGCACAGCAUCAUUCUUUUGCUCCUCGCGUUCAGCAUGCUUAUUAACGGGUACCAUUCGUAUCAUGAUACGGUUGAAUGGUGGCAUGAACGCAAUGCUGGCAACUUCAUGACCCGGCUUGGUGUUGGACCUAACCGAGUGAUGAGCAAGGCGGUAUAUAUUAAGGACAUGGACAUUGUUGUUGCUAAUGCUACUGAAAUCGAUACGGGCAAUUCAAGUUCCUGCUUCUCAACUUUCCGGGAUAACAACGCUUUAAGAUCUGCAGAUCUGCCACGGGCAAUCACAACCUCUGCAACCAAAGCGAAGGAUUCUAGGGCAAAGGGCGCCGCACAGCAGCUCCAACGCACAAGAGAACGGUUAGGUAUUUACCGACAUAACCUCCUCGUUGCCCUCAGGGUGGUUAACCGGAUAGAGAAGGAGGUAAUUCAAGCGGAAUGGGAACGCUGGCUUCACCAGGAGACGCAGAAGUGCCAAGUGAUCGAGAUUCUGUUGAACGAUCGGGAACGAUUGCAUGACCGAGACCACGGCGCCGGCGGCGACAGUGACGAAAUUAUCUCGGACUUUGAGAAGAGAUUCGCAGCCACUGAUAUUGAAGAUAUCCAGCUUUGGUAUCAGGAUUAUUGUUUGAGUUGUCAGCGGGAACUAGAGAAGGUUCGUGGUUGA